CAUAUGUACACACGUACACGUACCCGUGGGCUGUGAAUGUUCAAAUUUUAACCAAUAUUCGUGAUUAAUCUAUUUCUUUAAUUACAACUGGAAUCUUCAUAGAGUCUAUCUUUAAUCAAGAGCAAGUGCAAAAUGAUGGACCAAGAUGAAGAAGAAAUGCCGCAAGAGCUGAACGAUUACAUCUCUGGAGAGGAUGAAGAUGAAGAUGAAGAUGAAGAUCACAAUGAAGAUCAGGAGGAUGAUCAGGAGGAGGAUAUUGCCUUUGAAAGGCUGCAAGCUGAGCAAGCCGAGGAAUCCAAAGGAGAGGGCACGAUGAAGAAAACGUCCAAACCAGGGAUCGUCUACUUGAGCCGCAUACCCCCACUGAUGAGACCACAGAGGAUCAAGAGGAUAUUCUCCCAAUAUGGCGAUGUUGGACGUGUGUUCUUACAAGCCGAAGACAAAUUCAGCCGCAAAAGUCGGAAGAAGAAAGGUGGUAGCAAGAGCAAGCGUUUCACGGAAGGUUGGAUUGAAUUCAUGGAUAAAAAAAUAGCAAAGAGCAUCGCCCUCACGUUCAACAACACGCCAAUGGGCGGGAGGAAACGGAGUAUUUAUUACGAGGAGCUGUGGAACCUGAAGUACCUGCAUCGCUUCCAGUGGGGUCACUUGGUGGAGCGUCUGGAGUACGAGCGCCAGGUGCGUCAGCAGCGCAUCCGUACAGAGAUCUCUCAGGCCAAGCGAGAGACAAACUAUUACAUGAAGAGCGUCGAACUCGGCGAUCAGUUGGAGAAGAUGGAGAAAAAGAAGAGAGAAAAGGGGAAGGAGUGGAUGGCGAGGGUGCGUGCUCAUAAACAGAAAGUGACCCAGGAUGAGUUUGAGAAGAGCAAGCCAAGGAAGUCUGGAAAGGUGUCGAAGAACACUCUUGGCAAGAUCUUCAAGAAAACAAACAAGUCAUGACAUGACAUUCCAUAAAAGAGGGGUUUGAAUCAAGAUAGUUAUCAACAAAUCCCUGUAUGAACUUUGAACGCUAUUUUGUAAUGCCAGCGCAAACAACUACCAGUAUUGUUUAUUCUAGCAAAAACAAUUGUGAAUAUUGUAGUACUCUGAUACCUUUUUAUGACUGGUAGUGCUGUUAAAUGAGUUUGUAUUGUCUUAUCGGCAAUAAAUGCUCAGCCAUGUGCACUAAUACAUUAAAUGUACUGAAGCCUGAGGGAAGUGAAACCAAACAAAUGAUCCAUCAUUUGUACAUUUAUAUUCCAUUCUUGAAAAUCCUGAAUCUUAUCUGUAACUUUGUGAAUGUUCAUGUACAUAUAUGGUAAUUUAACAAAUAAUGCAAGUCUCUUCGAAAGAAAUAUUGCUUAGUUCAAUAGACUGUUGAAAUAACCAAAACCAAAUCCAAAUUGGAAACAUAUACAUGUAGGACAACCAACGGAUUCUAGAAUGUGCAUACAUGUACAUAAACUUGUCUGCUAUGUAUUGAUAGUCAUAAUAAAACUUACUGGUUUUAUAGCC